AUAUGAGGAGAGUUAUCUUUCUUUGGUCUACAUGAUAAGAAUCUUUAUCUUGUGUGAAGACAAAGGUCAUCUCCAAAAUAAGGUACAUUAGAUAUUGACAGCAGUCAUGGUUUCAAGGAAAUUUAUUGUUUUGGUAGGAUUUAUACUUAUUUCUAAUUGUUUUGGAAAAUCAAAUAAAGACACACACAGACUUGAACAUGAAGCACGACUUGCAGACAAAAUGGUGGUUAACCAUGGCGAGCUCCUCCAAACGAACCAGGGAUUUCGAGAUCUGACGCAAGCUGGCCUUCCUCAAAAGAGAGUUGUGGGCGUGAUAUCUGCGGUAACUGCUUCCUUUAGCGUCUUGAAGGGGAUUGCAGACAACGUCGAUUUUUCCCGGGUAUGUGUCAUUGGACUAAAGAACCUUGGUAACCGGAAACUCGUGAACCCCACUUGGUAUUUGUCUCACGGCGUGAUUCGUCAGCCUCUUCCUCGAUAUUUACCGGCUGGUGAUGCAGGAAUUUUCACUUUUGAGAAAACAAGCUAUGCCACGGCGGGUACUUCUGGAGUUCUUACAUACACCAUUUCCGGAACAAACCACCAAGUAGCUGUUUUCUGGAGUGUUCCGUUUUUCUUUGGAAUCAAUUCAAACGAACUUCAUGUCCAGGUUUGGACAAAUGCUCAUGCAAAUGAAGCUUUAUUUAAAAGCAUGGAAGCAGAUGAAGAAAAGCUGACUGUCUGGAAUUCUGGACAUUGGUUGUCGGCAAGUGGGUACGGAAUCACGGUGAAUGCCGCCAUGACGAACUCCGCUAAAGCCUCACUUCUAGUAGAGGUGGAGUUCAACAUCACGAAUGCGGAGCCGGAAAUAUUUGGUUGAUCUGAUUUAUUUCUGGUUUAGAAAUUAAACUGUGUUGGCUUCGUUUUCAUUAGAU